AUAAUGUCCCUGGAUGAUAUUGAGAUGAAAUCUACUGACUUACUGGUCAAAAAGGAAAUAGACAAUGGGAGCUUUGGAGAGGUGUCGCUGUGUUUACACAGAACCUGUGGAUUGGUGAUACUGAAGAAAGUGUACACAGGGCCCAAGUGCACUGAGUACAAUGAGUCCCUACUGGAGGAGGGCAAGAUGAUGCACAGACUGAACCACAACCGAGUGGUGAAGCUCCUGGGAGUCAUUAUUGAGGACGGCAACUACUCUCUUGUGAUGGAGUACAUGGAGAAGGGAAACCUGAUGCGAGUGCUGAAGGCAGAGAUAAGCAUCCCCCUUUCAGUCAAAGGGAGGAUUAUUUUGGAGACCAUUGAAGGAAUGUGCUACCUACACAGAGAAGGUAUAAUACAUAAGGACUUGAAGCCUGAAAAUAUCCUCGUUGAUAAUUACUUUCAUAUUAAGAUAGCUGAUCUUGGGGUUGCUACUUUUAAGACGUGGAGUAAGCUGACUAAAGAAGAACACAAUGAGCAGAGGAAACAGACUUUUAUCUCCAGGAGAAACGCUGGUACUCUCUGCUACAUGGCCCCUGAGCAUCUGGAUGAUAUCAAUGCAAAGCCCACGGAGAAGUCAGAUGUUUACAGCUUUGCCAUCGUACUCUGGGCAAUUUUUGCUCAUAAGGAGCCAUAUGAAAAUGCAAUGAAUGAGCAACAAUUGAUAGCAUGCAUUAAAAAUGGAAACAGGCCACACGUGAACGACAUCAUUGAGCACUGCCCAAAGGAGAUUAUUAGCCUCAUGCGGCAGUGCUGGGAGAGCAAGCCAGAAGCCCGGCCACCAUUUCCUGCCAUUGAAGAAACUUUUAAAUCUUUUUACUUAAGUCAAUUGGAAGAUAAAGUAGAAGAGGAUGUGAAAAGCUUAAAGGAAGCGUAUCCGGACCAAGAUUCAUUCAUUAAGGAAAUGCAGUCUCUCCAAAUUGACUGUGUAGCAGUCCCUCCAAGCAGGUCAAACUCAGCCACAGAACAGCCUGGUUCACUGCACAGUUCGCAGGGAUUCAGGAUGGGUCCGGUGGAGGAGUCUUGGUUUGGCCCUUCCUCGGAACACCAGCAAGAGUAUGAGCUCAGCCUGCAGAAUAAACUCCAGGAGGAAGCCAACUACCAUCACUUUGGCAGCCGCAUGGACAGAAAGGAAAAAUGGAAUGUAGCUUAUAAUAGAGAGGAAGAAAGGAAACGAAGAGUUUCCCAUGACCCCUUUGCACAGCCAAGGCUUUAUGAAAAUGCACAGAACCCAGGCAUGAAAGGCCUUGCUUCUUCUAGUGCAGCUAAUCACAGUGACAGAGUGCUACACACACCAGGGCUAACCAGCCAACCCCAAAUAACAUAUUGGAACAGUGGGUUACACAACAAUCAGUAUAACAGCUAUACAACAGUUAAUCAAAUAAGAACUCCAGACCCACGAACUUCUGGUCCAAGACCUUGGUUUGAGCCAAAUCCUAGUCAUAUACCACCCCUGCAUAAAACUCCAGUGCCUGAGACCAGCCUACUAAGUUUCCACUUACCUACCAUUCCGUUUCAGUCCUUCUCAUCAACAGAUGAGUCCACCAGAUAUAACAUACAUAAUAGCUCGGGGAUUCAGAUUGGAAAUAAUAAUUUCAUGGAGAUUGGUGGAGCUCAUACACAGCCACUGGAGAGUACUUCUGUGAACUACGAAGAGCCAGCAUUAAAAUACCAAGAGAUCUUUGCUAAUAAUACCAGUCUGACUGAUAAACACCUGGACCCAGUUAGAGAAAAUCUUGGAAAGCAAUGGAAAAAGUGUGCCCGUAAGCUGGGCUUCACUGAACCUCAGAUUGAUGAAAUUGACCAUGACUAUGAGCGAGAUGGACUGAGAGAGAAGGUUUACCAGAUGCUCCAGAAGUGGCUGAUGAAGGAAGGCAAUAGGGGAGCCACAGUGGGAAAGCUGACAUAUGCUCUUUACCAUUGUUCACGAAUAGACCUUGUGAACUAUUUGAAAGACGUCAGCCAGAACUAA